AAAAUUUUUAAAUAUAAGAAUAAAAAAGAACACAAAAUAAAAAAAAAGACAAGAAGAACUUUUCAUUUGCAAUAUGGAGCAAAGUUUCCUGGAGGCUUUUAAAAACAAUAGAAAAUACCUAAGAGAUUGAAUUUUGCACGGAAAGCACGUUCGCUUAUAUGCACAUAAUUAUUAAAUACUAAAAGAAAAUCAUAAUAGGAAAAAAUCAAUACAAUUUUUUUUUUUUUUUCAUCAAGUUCGCUGUGUGAGAUUAUACUUAAAAGCAAAAAAAAAAAAAAUAGAAAAGCAAAAAGAAAAGAAAAAACACUUUCUCUGAUUCGUAUGGUAAGGUGUUGUGCGAGUAUUUGUUUUUUUUUUUUUAAUACAAAUACAAAUGAAUGGAGCAUUUUCUCUUUGUCCUUCUCUCUUUUGAGUGUAUUCGUACACCUACGUAACCAACAAAUACACUCUCUCGCUCUCUCGCUCUCUCGCUCACGCUCACUCUCUCUGUAUCUCUCUGUCACUCUGCCUCUGUGCCUCUGCUUUUCCGGGCAUUACACAAAACGUAAGGAAUAGAACAAAAAAAAAAAAAAACAAAGAAAAAAAAAAUUUAUUUGCUCUUGAUUUAAAAUUCAUUCUCAGCAUUGUGCUCCGGGCAGAGAAUUAUCGUUGGCGUGUGUUUGUGAUAUUUUCGGUUUUAUAUUUACACAUUGAGAAAUAUCGGUACGAUUUAUACUUGAAAGCAUAAACAAUUCGUUCUCUCUUUGAAAAACUCAUUAACUGAUUUAAGGAAAGGAAAAAAAAGCGUUAAUCGCUAACAAAGAAUUUCUUUUUAGUAGCGAGAGGUAUAUAUAUAAACAGUUUAUUAAAAUUCACCGUUUCCUGGGACAAAUAUUUUCGGCGAAAUAAUUUGCAAAAUUUGUAAUCCGUCCAUGCCAUGCGCGAUAAAAUUUCUCAACUCUUUUGCUUGCAAAAAAACGCAUGCAAGAAUAAUUCAACAGAUUGUCGAGGACAAAAUGUGUCAAGCAAAGUCACGAGUAAUGGGUCAGCGUGUGCCAACGGUUCCUUUGGAGCAGAAGGGCCCGAAACGACAGAGACCGACUCAUCAGGGACCGGGGGGGUGCGGAAGUCGUUGGAGAGGAAUGGCUCAGCGACGAACGACGCUAUUCACCUCCAGAGACGGGUGGGACUCUUCAGUGGGGUGGCUUUAAUUGUCGGAACAAUGAUAGGGUCUGGAAUAUUUGUGUCGCCAUCUGGUCUACUAGUACGUACUGGUUCCGUUGGUGUAAGCUUUAUUAUAUGGCUGGCCUGUGGUUUGCUCUCACUGCUGGGCGCUCUGGCAUAUGCUGAAUUAGGUACGAUGAAUACAUCGUCAGGUGCUGAAUGGGCAUAUUUUAUGGACGCUUUCGGACCAGCACCGGCAUUUUUAUUUUCAUGGGUAUCAACUUUAGUUUUAAAGCCAUCGCAAAUGGCCAUAAUUUGUCUCUCAUUUGCACAGUAUGCGGUUGAGGCAUUCGUAUCGGAAUGUGAUCCACCGAUGUCGGUUGUUAAAAUGGUGGCAUUAUUAGCUAUUGUGAUGAUAUUGUUUGUAAAUUGUUAUAGUGUUAAUUUGGGUAUGGCAGUGCAAAAUAUAUUUACGGCCGCUAAAUUGGUGUCUGUGAUAAUUGUCAUAUGUGGCGGUGCCUGGAAAUUAAUUCAGGGCAAUACACAACAUCUAUCGAGUGCAUUUAAUGGAUCUACUCCCACCUUUGGGGCUAUAGCAACGGCCUUCUAUACAGGCCUUUGGGCCUACGAUGGCUGGAAUAAUCUAAAUUAUGUGACCGAGGAGAUAAAGAAUCCAAGCAAAAAUCUACCACGCUCUAUUAUAAUUGCGGCCAUGUCCCCCACCGAAAUGAUUGAAUCAGAGGCAGUAGCUGUAACAUUCGGUAAUCGUAUAUUGGGUGUUAUGGCUUGGCUGAUGCCAUUAAGUGUUACCAUCAGUACCUUUGGUAGUGCAAAUGGUACCUUAUUUGCAGCGGGCAGAUUGUGCUUUGCGGCUUCGCGUGAAGGUCACUUAUUGGAUAUAUUAUCGUAUGUCCAUGUACGACGAUUAACCCCAGCUCCAGGCUUGAUUUUUCAUUCUCUUAUUGCUGCCGCCAUGGUCUUAUACGGUACCAUAGAUUCUUUAAUUGAUUUCUUUAGUUUUACUGCCUGGAUAUUCUAUGGUGGUUCCAUGUUGGCUCUAAUUGUAAUGCGCUAUACCAAACCCAACUAUCCACGGCCCUACAAAGUGCCAAUUAUCAUUCCAAUUGUGGUUCUGGUAAUCUCGUUGUAUCUGGUAGUAGCACCCAUUAUUGAUACACCGCGUAUUGAAUAUUUGUAUGCCUGUCUUUUUAUUCUUGCUGGCUUAAUAUUUUAUAUACCAUUUGUUAAAAUGGGCAUGACACCAAGAUUUAUGAAUAAAGUUACUUUAUUUCUUCAAUUACUAUUGGAAGUGGUGCCCACCUCAAGUAUGGCCAUGUUUGAAUAAACGUAUAACUGUUUAAAACCAUAUUAUUUUAUUAAUUAUUCCUGACACAAAUAUUCAACAGCAAUGGAAACUGUGAAAGUAAUAAUGAAAUGAACAGCAACAUUCAAAUUUAAAUAGAUAUUAGUACUAUAUAUAUAUACAUACUGUAUAUACGUAUAUAUACAUAUUUAAAGUUUAAAGUAGAUUUAAAAAAACAACCUUAAACUUGUUGUGUUACGUAGCCGAGA